AUGAGUUCCAAAGAUACGGAUGACGUUUUAGAUUUCAUCAACUCCCUUCCAGACUCCAAGCGUAGCACACCCAAACCGGUUCCGCAAUCGGAAACAGGAGACGACCUCUUGGAUUUUUUGGAUGAGCUUAGUGCUCACGAAAAAGCCGCAAAGCCAGUGGGAUCAUCUCGGGGUAAGUUCGAGCCGAAGAAGAGGGAGGAAGAGAAGCCAAAAACAGAAGAAGCAGCUGUGCCAGCUAAAGAAACUGCAUUGAAAGAAACAGCCAAUCCUCUGGCUGAAGCUGAAGAUACCUCAAACACUCAGAAUACUCAGAACGCCCAGAUUCCUGCUGAAAAACCAUCACCAGAUGAAGCAACCAAGGAAAUUCCUGCUGAAAAGUCACUGUCUGCUGCAACAGAUGAAGCUGCAGACCCAAUUGCAUCCAUUCUGUCGUGGUGGAAUAACGAAGGCUCAUCUAAAGUAUCAUCGUUUUGGGGAUCCUUAACUUCCAAUGCACACCAAUUGGGAGAAACUACGUUCCAAAUUGCGUCUACAACUUCUCAACAGUUGAACCACCAGCGCCACAAGUUUAUUUCUGAGCAUGCGGGUGCGUCAGACACAGAACAGAACAUUUUGCAUAUAUCAGACCGGUUGAACUCCAUCUUGACCACUAUGUCGCAACAGAUCAAGGACGGCUUAAUCGACAAAGAGGAUGAGCUCUUGAACAUAUUGUUAGUGCAUGACUUGUCCAACGUGAAUUACUUGGACAGCGUAUGCUCGCAAAAAUUCAAUAAAGUAAUGAGCCAGGUCGAAGGAGGCAUCAAAGUAACUGUGAACAACUUCAACCAUAAGCACGAGCAAGAGGAUGGUCUGCUGCGCUUUUACGAAUUGGACAUGUUUCAUGGAAAGGCUAUUGAUGGCGAGAAAUUGUGUUUCGCCAACUUGGAAAGUGCCAUCAAAGAUUAUUUGAAAAUCACUGGCGCAGAGACAGAAGCUGAUGUGUCCUUGACCUCUGAAAAGAAGCUGGAAGAAGACAACGAAGACGCGAAUGAUAAAAUCAAUAAGUCAAACAUCUUUAUUGCUAUCCAGCCGAUCACAACUUCUACUAGUGACAAUGAAGGAAGAGCAGAAAAUGACGGUAUUGCCUUGAUUGAGGCCAAUAAUGCAGAUUCCUUCUCUUUUACGAUGAUUUUGAAAGAUAUAACCAAUAACAUCACUAUAAUCAGCAAGACCCAGCCAUUCCCAUUGAAGUGGGUUCGCUGGGUUUCUGGAGACAGGAACGAUAUUGAAGCCGUUUUCGGCAGCGCUACUGAUGAAGACGCGAUUGAUCCUGGGGAGUGGGUUAAGGAGUGGUUGCGUGACGGCUUAUCCUUGUGUUUUGCCGUGGUGGCCCAAGAAUAUGUCACUAAGAGAAUGGGUAUUUAA